GCUUCUCUGCUGAGGCAGCAUGGCGACCAGUUCGCUGGGGACGACUCCAUGGGGGACGACCCCCGCGGGACUGACGCCGGUGGGAAGCACGCCCGACCCAGAGAAAUAUGCUGAAUUUGAGGAAGAAGGAGAGUUUCUGUCUUCAGAUUUUCUUUCAGUGGACCAAAUCGCAAAUUUGCUAGCAGAGGACAUUGGAGCAGAUGCAAUUCAAGAGAAACUGGGAAAGUUUUUGAAUCUUAAACAUCUUCAUACUCACUUAAAGGAUGCCAUUCUACUAGAUUAUUAUGUGUCCGGAUUCUUGUGGGCUAAAGAAAUGGACUUCUCUAUUCUUCAAAAUUCAAAAUUUAUGAGUUUACUAAAUAUGUUGCUUCAUAACCUCAGUAUGCUACAUAUGUCCUUAGAAGAGAGCAUAAAGUGGCUUGGGGAAGUUAUGGCCGAACUUGGGCCACACCCAUCUCCAUUAGAAAAUGAGGAAUGGAAUACCUUUGAUGUGAAACAAUCCAAUGCUAUUAUUGAUUAUUUCAAAAACAGCUUAUUUCAACACUACAAGCUCUAUGAGUUUUUGUUUUUCUCUCCAAGAGAAGAAAUCGUGAUUGGAACCAAGCAAGUGAUAGAGGUUGUCAGGCCUAUAGGCUAUCAUUUCCCAGAUCCACUGGAAGAAGGAAUCUCCUUUGAUAAUUAUUCAACAUUCAUAGAGCCAGCAUCAACACUGGAAACAGAUGUGAAGGCUGAAGAACAAGUCCCUGAGGAAAGCCAGACUGAAAGUGACACUUCAGAAGAAGAUCCCUUAGUCGGCUUCACCAUUGAGGAUGUAAAAUCAGCUCUGGGUCAAGUGACAGAUGAUGUCUUACUGGGCAUUCAGACCGAGAUAAAUGAAAAGCUGCAAAUACAGGAAGACGCCUUUAAUGAACGAAUUGAAAAAUUGAAAAAGGCCUGAAGACUUGGGCAACAGAGAGAACGUGGCUGAACUUCAUAGAAACAAAAGUCGUCAAAAUAAAACAGUCUCUAGAGCGCUGGAUCUUCGUCAUUUAGUUGUAAAAAGAAAACCCCGCCCCACGUUUUAUUAUCCUUAGUAAUGAGAAAAAUAUUAGCCCCAACUUUGCCAUCUCCUGUCUCCUAACUGCCUCUCCAUUUAUUACAUGGCAUAUAAUGAGAAUACUUUGGAUAUAAGAGUUUGGAGAAUUAUAUGUAAAACUGUAAUUACUUUUAUGAUGGCUUUUUGAUGUUUGGACUAAUAAAUGCUAUUAAUCUUCA